CAAGUCGCUGAUUAAAUGGCAAAGGAAAUAUUGGCAAAGGAAUCAAACGUGCAGGAAGUAAAAUGUCCGGUCACGGUAUGCGGCGACGUGCAUGGCCAGUUUCACGACUUGAUGGAACUUUUUCGGAUAGGCGGACGAUCGCCGGAUACCAACUAUCUGUUCAUGGGCGAUUAUGUUGAUCGUGGCUACUAUUCAGUGGAGACAGUGACGUUACUGGUUGCGCUCAAGGUUCGGUUCCGAGAGAGAAUUACAAUCCUGCGUGGCAACCACGAAUCCCGCCAGAUCACACAGGUGUACGGCUUCUACGAUGAGUGCUUACGAAAGUAUGGCAACCCGAACGUUUGGAAGUACUUUACCGAUUUGUUCGAUUAUCUCCCGCUCACGGCCCUGGUCGAUGGUCAAAUUUUCUGUUUGCAUGGUGGUCUAAGUCCUUCGAUUGAUACUCUAGAUCACAUCCGGGCCUUGGACAGACUACAGGAAGUACCACACGAAGGGCCUAUGUGCGAUCUGCUGUGGUCCGAUCCGGACGACCGAGGUGGCUGGGGAAUCUCGCCACGUGGUGCUGGUUACACUUUUGGUCAGGAUAUAUCAGAGCUAUUCAAUCAUUCGAACGGGUUGACGUUGGUUUCCCGGGCGCAUCAACUGGUCAUGGAAGGUUACAACUGGUGCCACGAUCGCAACGUUGUUACAAUAUUCUCCGCACCAAACUACUGUUAUCGAUGCGGUAAUCAGGCAGCAUUAAUGGAAUUAGACGAUUCACUGAAGUUUUCAUUCCUACAAUUUGAUCCAGCUCCACGUCGCGGUGAACCACACGUGACUAGAAGAACACCCGACUAUUUCCUUUAAGAAUAUCAUAACGAAUAUUGUAAUACACACUACAAAUUAAACAAAAGUAAUAUACCUAAUAAUAAAAAUAUAAAUAAUAAUUAUAAGAAAAUAUUAUUAUUUAAUACAAAAAAAAAGGAUAAAAGCCGUAAAAGUGUUAAACUUGCAAGAAGCAGAAAAUCCGUUAGCAAGCGGAAAGAAAAAGGAGAAGGCAAAGGAAGAACACGUAGAUCGUAUUCAAUACACACUCACGUUUGCAGUGAGACGGGGAGCUACUUAGUCAGAGCAAGAAAUAAAGGAAAUAAGAAAUAACCAGCUGAAUCUUGCGAGCCAACAUACUAAGAAACAUUAAGCUACUGACACACGGAAAUCCAGAACUAAGCCUGAAAUAACUUCACCUCACACCCAACACACAGUUGAACAGAAAACACAUUUCGCUAAUCGUAUAAAGAGCACGCAUCAUCCAUCCAUCCCGUACACACCCACUUGUUGUUGUUGGAGCGAAAAUAGUGGAUGUUAUAUUGAAAGUCCAACGGAGACAAAACGCAUAUACUCAUCUUUAGCCGGGAAAUUCUAGCCAGGAUCUAAACAAAUUUACUCGGUGUCCUUUUUUAGUCACGCCUUUUACACUCUUAACCAAAUUCCACGGUGAAACAAAUAACGAUAACCCGCAGAGAAAUCCAGUCUGAGAAUACCGCGCAGCAUGAUGAAACAAAUAAAAAGGGAUCCAAAUCUUUUUCUCAUCAUGAUAAACACUCAUUUGAAAUGCACCCCGCGCGCGCACAUUCAUCCAUACAUCUGCAAAAAUUGUAAUAAUAUCGCCACUGUUAACUCGUGUAAUUUUCCGUGUUAUAUUUUUCUCUUUUGAUUUUAUACACUUUAUUUUUCUUUUAUGAAUCGUCGUCCUAUUCCGCGUAUCACUUCUUAGCCGUAACAAAUUAGAAAAUUGAAAUCAAGCAUGCAAAACCGCAGCAGCAGCAACAGCUGGAAUAACAAGUGAACUGCAAACUUCGCUGCUCCGAAUAAGUGAGAACAAAAAAGCGCAAUUUUCGAUAUGAUUGCAAAUUGCAAAAUGUGUCAUUUAUAUGAUUUUGAUUCAAGAUGCAAGAAUAAACUGUGCAAGAAAACAAAA